AUGAACCAUGCCGUUCCUCCAGAGUAUACGUCGAAGCUCAAGUUGCUUGAGGACAGAGCCGCGUACAGACCAUAUUCUCAGAUUAAGCGCGCCUUGGACCGCGAGUUGGAACGCCCGAUGAGUGACGUCUUUGACCACUUUAACCACAAGCCAGUCGCCGCGGCAAGCCUUGCACAAGUGCACGAGGCAACCCUGAAGGACACCGGCGAACGCGUUGCGGUUAAGGUUCAAUAUCCGGGCCUGGAAGCUCUCGUCAGAGGCGAUCUCGCUUCAAUUAAGUUUCUGUCUUGGAUGUUGUCCUGGGUCUUUCCUUACUUCAAGAUGGAUUGGGUCGUCGAGCAAUUUCGUCGCAACCUCGAAAAAGAGCUUGACUUUGAGCUCGAGGCCCAGUCUGCGCUACGCACGCAAAAAUUUUUCAAAGACGAUCCCCGCGUAUUCGUCCCAGAUGUGUACAACGACACUUCAACCAAGAAGGUGUUAACAAUGGAGUACAUUGACGGUUUUCGUGUCGACGACCUUGACGCCUUGCACGAUUACCUUGUGGACCCACACGCCGUUGCUCAGACUGUCGUUGACGCAUUUGCGCAAAUGAUCUACGUCAACGGUUUUGUCCAUUGCGACCCACACGCAGGUAAUCUCAUGGUCCGGCCUGGCCCAGGUGGUGCUUUUGAGUUGUAUUUACUAGAUCAUGGCCUUUACAGACAAUUGGAUGAUGACUUUCGACAAAGCUAUUGCAAGCUUUGGAAGGGCCUUGUUCUUCGGCGAACCAAAGAUGUGGACGAAGCUUGCGAGGAGUUAGGUGCGCCCGGUUUUGCAAACGUGUUCUCAGUAUUUCUUCUGAAUCGCUCCUGGAGCAUCGCGAAGCGGCUUGGGACAGAUCUCAGAGUGAAGAUGGGGAGGGAUGAGCUGAGACGGCUGCGAAGUGACUUGAGGGACGGAGGCUUGAGAUCCCAAGCCGACGUCAACGAGUUUGUUGAAAGAAUUCCUGACGACCUCCUUCUCGUGUUUAAAAUGACUUCUCUGGUUCGCAACGUUAACAAAGCAUUGGGGGCUACCGUGAAUCGAUUCAAGGUGAACGCGCGAUACGCGGUCAGGGGACUACGACAUGUGAAUAACUUCAGCGCUGAAUCAAGUGGAGGUGCAGAUGACACUAAAAGCGUCAUCGUCGCUGGAACGCAUUCGGAAAGGUUGCACCCAUUUUCCGCACUCGCAGCGGUGACAGACUGGUUCGGAUUGUUGAUAGACCGCGUUUGUAUCGAACUGCAAUUUCUUGUGCUGGAUGUAGCGCUCCUCGCUGUGAAAUGGUGGUUUGGGAGCAGCGUUCCUUCCGUGAGAUCUGAUCAGAAAGCUAACCUGGAUGCUUCUGAGAGUGCGGGCCUAAUCGGAUGAGGUACGUAGUUCAGACGUAUGGUCACGACUGGUACUGCCGUAUACCGUGCGAGAUAUUUUGUCUUGAAAGCAAGAGGCUCUGGCUUCGACGCAAAUUAACAAAUGGCGGAUCAUAUUCCAUGACCUUCCCCGCGUCGAUUUUCGUGUUAUCCAGACUGAAAGCAAUCAGAAUGCCAUAAAACAAUUCAAAACACAGCUGUCUUGUACAUGUUGUGGUCGGGCCGUAUCUGUGUGUCCAUGGGCAAUAUCUGUUUGAAGUGGGUGCUAACUAAAUAGUAAGGCCUCUAACGAAAGGACUAUGAAUGAAGGAGCUCGCCAGGGCUCAUGGAAUAUUAACGAUGUUG